AUGGGACAAGUUUCAUGCAGAACCUGCGACUGCCAUUGAAUUGACAGUAAAGCUGAGGUCGAGCUUCGAAGUAGCGUAUUUUUUAUAUAGGACCUAUAUUCCUCCCACCAAGGCUACAGAGAAACAAUGUCAAUAAUCCUCGGCGAAAAUUCUACCAUCGAUUCCGAUAUAUUUCAAACCAAAAAGUCACAUAUAAUUAAAGUCCAGUCUCUCUGAAGGUCCUAUAAAGCUCGGAAAGAUUUCAAAAAGCACCUACGAGCCAGAAAGCCUCAUUAUCCUUACUUUGGAAACGACGAAGUUUAUUUUGAUUUAAGCAAACGGUCAGCUCCACCUUUGUACCGCGAUGUAAGACCUGCAAAAGUAUAUCCUAAUUGUGGAGUUUAUAUUGGAGAAUGGAGAGGGGCAUUCAGAGAUGGCCAUGGCGUCAUGUCUUGGCAAGACGGAUCACGGUAUGAAGGAAAUUGGUCUUGGGGCAGACCUGAAGGAAGAGGAAAAUUCAUUUUUGCUGAUGGGGAUAAAUAUGAAGGAAAAUGAAAUAAUUAUUUUUUUAUUGGGGAAAAAUCAAAUUUAGAAGGCUUAGGAGCUGUGCUGUGGAAGGAAAAAGUAAAGGAUGGGUAUGGUAAUUUUUAUAUAGAAUGGCUUUGGUAUAAAUAUGAACAAGCUAGAAAUAGCCCAAGAUCUGCGCCGACAAGCCCGAAAAAUAAAAAGAAAUUUAAAGAAAUCCAGGAGAGAUUUGAGUAUGUAGAAAAACUGAUUGAGUCUAAUAAACCUCGAGCUGCUUUAGAGACACAUGAUAGAUUUGGGAAUGCAAAAGAGUAUCAGCAGCUUAAGUAUCCUGAUGGGACUAUUUAUAUUGGAGAAUUCAAUGGACUGCUAAGAGAAGGCAAAGGAAAAGUGACCUGGCCUGAUGGAGAUGUAUAUGAAGGAGAAUGGAAAAAUGACAAGCAGUUCGGAUGGGGAAAAAACAUAUGAAAAGAUGGGUCAAAAUAUAUAGGAUCUUAUCUUGACAAUCUCAAAGACGGAGCUGGGAUAUAUGAAUGAGAAGAAGGCACAAAAUACACUGGAGAAUGAAAAGACAAUAAUAUGCAUGGUGUAGGCAAAUAUAUAUGGCCUGAUCAGAAAAUUUACCUUGGAGAAUGGACUUUAGGGAUGAUGCAUGGGUUUGGGGUCUUGGAAUGGCCAGAUGGCAGAAAAUAUGAAGGUGGUUGGUUCCAAGGUAAAAAACAUGGAGAAGGAGUCACAAGCUAUGCCAAUGGAAAAGCCAGCAAAGAUGUCUGGAGGCAUGGAAAAAUUAUCAAGCCAGAUGUGAAUUAG